CCCGCCGUGUCGGCCAUCUUGUUUGACUGUGGGGGUCUAGAGUUCACCGCGGCCCCCUUCAAUGGCUGGUAUACGGGGACAGAGAUCGGGGCGAGAGAUUUUUGUGACGUGUCCCGCUACAACAUCACCGAGUGCAGCCAUGGCUACUGGUGGGAAAGAGGACUGGGAAGGCUUGAAGGAGGAAGAGGGGCACAUUGGCCGUGAGGAUCUCCAGAAAAUGAUCAGGUUUAUGGAAACAUAUGGCUACCGUGUGCUUCCACCAAGUUCAACACCUCACCGGGUGGAUGGUAGUGAAGACAAGGAGUCCAGUCCCCACAGCGAUGAGGAAUGGCACAUGACCCCUUCUCGGCAUGACUUCAACACCGGCGAUGCCCACUCUGUAUGUGUCCUCGUGGAAGCAGAUAAAAGUGAAGAUUAUCAGUCAAGCCAAAUCAGUGCAGUGAAAAGAGCUAAAUCACAUAAUGAAUGUUGGAAUCAAAACGAUGGACAUAGGAGGUGGGAGCACGCAGAAAGAAAAUUGCUACAAUGCCUUGUGUGUGGGAAAUAGGGACAAAAGCAAGACAUGUGUUUUGAUAGACCAUAUAUGUCAAAUUUAAACUAGAUGGUGCUGAGGUAAAGGGCCAUCAUCUGAAAGAAUGAGUGAAAAGGGCACGAAAGGUGUUUUGGAUACAUUUCACGACAUUUCUGUGUGUGCUAAUGAUGAACCUCUGUGGCACUAUUCAAGUAUGCAUCACAAUUUUGAGGUUGUACAGAGAUUACCUAUAUGCAAGGUUUUAGCUCAAAAUUGUUUGAUCUUGUCACAAUUAAAAGUCUAGAUUGAUUUAGACAAUUUGGAAUUGAGAAAACAAGAAGAGGAAAGGUUUAGCACUGAGACAGAAUCUACAAAGAAGACUAUGUGUAUGGUGUCUACAAAGAAGACUGUGUUUAGGGUGUCUUAAGCUGAGACAGUUGUACCACCUGGACAUAAAAUGAUUAAUGCAGGGAAAGUGAAAUCUACUUAAGUGGAACACUAGCUCCCAAUGGUGUUUUUAAACCGAAUUUGGGAUUUAGUGUAAAAGAGUUCCACUGUAGGAUAAUGAUGACUUUUCAGUGACAUCUGAACUCAAUACAUUGACCACGUUGAAUGGAGAUCAGUAUCAAAUGUCAUGUGCUGUAAACACACAAGAUUCUCAGACAUUAAAUGACCGCUUGAAAUACAUUUUGAAAAGAUGCCACUUUGAGAAAGAUUGCCAAGGUUAAGAGCAUAGAAAAUUAAUUAAUCUUCUUGCGAACUUCGAAGAUGUGUUUGCUUUGGGACCUCAUGAGUUGGGUAAAACAGAUAUUAUUACUCAUCCAAUAAACACUGGAAAUUCACCACCUAUUCGUCAGGCUGCAAUAUCUUUACCAGCAUCAAAGAGGUCAGAAGUAAAGGGACAUUUAGAGAAAAGAUGCAAUCAGUCCGCCCCGCAGUCCAUGGGCAUCGCCAACAGUUCUGUUUUCCGAGUAAAAUAAAUCCACGAAGUUUCUAUAGAUUUUCGAAACAUUAAUGAGAUUUCGAAGAAGGGUGCUUUUUCGAUCAGGAACAUUUGAAGACACAUUUGAUUGCUUAGCCGGCAGUCAGUUCUACUCAACCUUGGAUUUAAUAUCAGGCAAUUGGCAAGUCGCGAUGGACGAACAAGGUUAAGUGAAAACGUCAUUUCGAACACUGUAUAGCUUGUACCAUUUCAAUGUAAUGUUCUUUGGGCUGACUGGAUGUGAUUAUGUUCUGUAGGAGCACUGAUGUACACAUGACACGACUUACAACUGUAUUGGAUGGUCUUCGAGAAGCUAGUUUGGGAUUAAACCCUGGAAAGUGUCAUUUCAUGAAGAUGUGCGUUUCAUGUCUGGGGCACAUUAUAUCUCAAAAUGGUGUUGAAACAGAUCCGGAGAAAACUAGAGUUGUUCGUGAAUGGCCAACACCUUCAACAGUAAAUGAAGUCCUUCGAUUCUUGGAUUUUGCAUCAUACCAAGAAACAUUUGGCAGAAAUUAUAGCUCCACUCCUGUAUGUGCACUCAGACAAGACAGAGAAUAGAAAGUUGAUUGUUCAUAUGGAGGUCUUGUAGAAAAGAUUUUGCAGAAUGUACACAGCGCUGAAACUGGUGGUCACUUGGAAUCUGCAAAGACACUGGAAAAAGAUCAAGCAAACGUAUUCCUGGCUAUGGAUGGACACUGAGGUGGAAGAGAGUGUGAGUUUGGUUUUACGCCACUUUUAGCAAUAUUCCAUCAAUAUCACUGCAGGGGACACUAGAAAGGGGCUUCACACAUUGUACCCAUGCAGCAAAAAAAUCGAACCCGGGUCUAUUUUGUGGCCAGAUGACGAUGACAUUGAGACAAUGUGUGUUUAUCCGUCAGCCAGAGAUGAGGAAGUUGUCCAAGUACCUUCCUCAUACAAGGAGGAGAAAACCCACAUUAGUAUGGCCUGAACUAUUCUUGUGUUAAUAGAGAUAGAUACAUGUGAAGUGUUCAUCAUAGUGAAGAAUGGAACUGUGUUAUAAUGGAAUAUGUGUAAAUAUUUGUAUAGUUUGUGAUCAGCUUGAUUUUGAAGAAGGGCCACAAGAGUUAUGCCCCUUUGUAAACAGACAGUUUGUCCAUCUCACACAGUGUAGAUAGAAUGAUCAUGUAUCCUUAGUUACGGUAUGUAUAUCUGUUCCUCGUGAUUGUGAUGUCAUGUACAUGUGUUUACUGCUGUCAUGGUAAUGCCAGUUGGGCUAAGGAGUCAGAUAUCACGUUUUCAACUACA